AUGAGCACGUCACCGUCAACCGGAGGUGAUGACCUCAUGUAUGGUGAAACUAGCGAUCAAGAAGAGAAAAUUUUGGUUUCUGUUAGAUUGAGACCUUUAAACGAGAGAGAAAUUGCAAGGAAUGAGGUUUCUGAUUGGGAAUGCAUUAAUAAUUCCACCAUUAUAUUCAAAAGCAACAUGCCUGAGCGCUCCAUGUUCCCCACCGCCUACACAUUUGACAGAGUAUUUAGGAGUGAUUGCCAAACAAAGCAGGUGUAUGAGGAAGGAGCGAAAGAAAUUGCUCUUUCGGCCGUUAGUGGCGUUAAUUCAACAAUUUUUGCGUAUGGGCAGACGAGCAGUGGAAAGACAUACACAAUGCGUGGAAUUACAGAAUAUGCGCUUGCAGACAUAUAUGAAUACACGGAGAAGCACAAAGAGAGAGAGUUUGUGUUAAAAUUCUCCGCCAUGGAGAUUUAUAAUGAAGCUGUAAGAGACCUGCUUAGCACGGCUAUCACUCCGCUGAGACUCCUUGAUGAUCCCGAGAGAGGGACUGUUGUCGAGGGACUCAUAGAGGACACUUUGAUAGAUUGGAAACACCUACAGGAGCUCAUUUCCAUUUGUGAAGGUGAGGCUCAAAGGCAAAUAGGGGAGAACACGUUGAAUGAAGCCAGCUCCAGAUCUCAUCAAAUUCUAAGACUGACAGUUGAAAGUUCUGCUCGUGAAUAUUCAGAUGCUGGAAAAUCAAGUACUCUUACAGCUACAGUGAAUUUUGUUGAUCUUGCGGGCAGUGAGCGUGCUUCUCAGACAUUAGCAGUUGGUACAAGAUUAAAAGAAGGAUCCCAUAUAAAUCGCAGUUUACUGACUCUCGGAACUGUAAUUCGCAAAUUGAGCAAGGGAAGAAAUGGACACAUUCCUUACAGAGACUCUAAGCUAACACGCAUACUGCAAAACUCCUUAGGAGGCAAUGCAAGGACCGCCAUCAUUUGUACAUUGAGCCCUUCCCGCAGUCAUGUUGAGCAAUCAAGAAACACCCUUUUGUUUGCAAGUUGUGCUAAAGAGGUGAGCACUAAUGCACAAGUUAAUGUGGUGAUGUCAGAUAAGACACUAGUAAAGCAAUUGCAAAAAGAACUGACCAGGCUGGAGACUGAGUUGAAGAGUUCAAGAUCAAAUUCUUCUGCUGGUGAUUCUAUUGCCUUGCUGAGAGAGAAAGAGCUUCAGAUUGAAAAGAUGCAACAGGAAAUUAAAAAAUUAACUUGGCAACGAGAUCGUGCUCAAUCUCAUCUUCAGAGUUUGCUAAAAUCAGUAGGAAUCAAAGAUCAAAUUUUCAGAAUGGAUGGCCACUCAGCACCAGAAUCCUCAGAAAUGAUCAAUGCUCUUCGCCUGGAGGGAACCAAAUUUUUUAAGGAUUAUGAUGAUCCCAGUGCUGUUUCUCCUAAAAAGCAAACAAUACAGAUUCCUGAAGAUCCUGAAGACAAUUUUCUGUUGGAUGGCAGUACUCCAAAAUUUUCUGGGCAAGGUUGGGAGGACAUUGGCAAUAGAAACAGUGAGGAUGUUAAAGAUAUUUGCGAGCAAAUUCAAGGUACUGUAAUGGUAGAAUCUAGGAUGAACGUGAAGAAAGAAGCUGAUGUAGUGUUGCCUGCUUUAGAAGAAGAAAAGUUAGUCGCGAAUGAAGAAGAUGAAGCGCCAUCCUCACAGGAGGAAUAUGAAGAGUUGAUUCAUAUCAAUUCGAAUAAAAGGCAUGAUGCCGUGAAACAAAAAAUUCAGGAACUGCAUAAGACCAUUACUCAUUUAGAACGAUCUCCUUCAUUCUCUGAAGCAGGUGAAUCUAGCUCUAAAAGCUUGAAAUGGACUAGAAGCAAAAGUAAAAGAUCAGUUCUCAUGACUAUUCCAUAUGCUCUUUGGUCUGAGAAGGAAGAAGAUAUUGGGAGUGUAUCUCCUGCAUCUGAAAAAGACUUUCAUGAAAGUCCAGAAGACUUAGAGCAUAAGCUUCCUGAACUAGAGCAUGAUGUCAAACUUGAAAAUAAGCCUCAAGAAGAUUCUCAAAAUUCUCUUUAUGGUGCAUCGGCAGAAGAAGAUAUCAUAAAAGAUAUAGAUGUAGAUGUAGAGGAUACAGCUAGCGUCCUUGAUUUUGUUGCUGGAGUUAAUAAAAUGGCGGCCAGUCUUCGUGCAGAGCACCAAAGUCGGGAUAUACGGGCUUGCCUUUCUUUACUACACUUACGUAUGGAUGUAUUUCAUUUACCGCGGCAUAUGAUUAUUCUCAGAUUCCGGCGUCCUCCACUGGGCAUCACCACAGUAACUGGCAAAAGUUACUUCUUCCUGCUAUUCAAAGGCGAUCCUUCAGACAAUGUGUACAUGGAGGUUGAGCUCAGAAGAUUGUAUUUUCUGAAGGACACAUUUUCUCGUGGAAAUAAUACAAUAAUUGAUGGCAAAAUCGCCUCACCAGCCGCAAGCUUGAAGGCACUUAAUCGUGAGAGGGACAUGUUAGCAAAACAAUUGCAGAAGAAGUACACAAAAACAGAGAGAGAGCGCCUUUACCAGAAGUGGGGCAUCUCGUUAGACACAAAGCAGAGGAGCCUUCAGCUAGCACGCCGUUUAUGGUCAGACAUAAAGGACGUGAGACAUAUAAGGGACAGUGCUGCUCUUGUUGCAAAGCUGGCCGGGCUUGUAGAACCACGCAACGCCCCCAAGGAGAUGUUUGGACUGAGUUUCUCAACGAGUCAGAGACCCAGUUGGAGAGACAACAUACAACAAGUUUGUUACCGUUACAAAGACCUGCACCAGGAAAAGAUGGAUAAAGGGAAGCCUUUGGAAAUGUACCGGCAGGCUUUGUGGGGUGGGUGGCAUCUUUGCGUCUCACAAAAGUGUAUAAGCAAAUUUAUGAAACGGAAACAAGCUCUAUAUGCCUCUAAACGGUAA